GCUCAAUGUUACCCACUACCAAGAUUAUAUGGACGUUGCCUGCACUAUUCAAGUAAUCUCUACCUCUAGAAUUAACUGGGAGGCACCUACUUGGAUUAUAAAUGCCAUGUGAUGUAUCAAGAUUUCCAAGCCUCAGCUGCAUUUCCCAAGUUCACCAUCUCAAAAUUUUCACAUUUCUUUUCAAACUUGUCUUCUAUCUUUCUUUUUUUUUUUUUUUUUUUUUUUUUUUUUUUUUUGCUUCUGCUUACAUAUCCGCUCCCUGGCAAGCCCGCUAAAUAAGUCGUAGGUGCGACUCAUUCGCGCAGCCAGACCCAUCCAAACGCCGGCAAGCGA